AUGGAACCAAGGAAUAAUGUGACUCACUUUGUCCUCUUGGGUCUCACACAGAAUCCAAGGGAGCAGAAAGUACUUUUUGUUAUGUUUUUGCUCUUCUAUGUUUUGACCAUGGUAGGAAAUCUGCUCAUUCUCAUGACUGUAACUAUGAGUAAGACCCUGAACUCACCAAUGUACUUCUUUCUUGCUAACUUAUCAUUUAUGGAUGCCAUUUAUUCAUCAGUGAUUUCCCCCAAGUUAAUUGCAGACUUAUUCUUUGGGAAAACUAUCAUAUCUUUCAAGUUUUGUAUGAUUCAGCUCUUCACAGAACACUUCUUUGGUGGAUCAGAGGUCUUCCUCCUGCUGGCGAUGGCCUAUGAUCGCUAUGUGGCCAUCUGUAAACCCUUGCAUUAUUUGAUUCACAUGACGCAAUGUGUGUGUGUUAUGUUGCUCGUAGUGUCCUGGAUUGGAGGUUUUAUACACUCAGUAAUUCAACUCUGCACUGUUUAUGGGCUUCCAUUCUGUGGCCCCAAUGUCAUUGACCAUUUUAUGUGUGACAUGUACCCCUUAUUGAAACUUGUCUGUAUUGAUACCUAUGUCAUCGGCCUCUUAGUGGGGGCCAAUGGAGGACUGAUUUGCUCAACCUUGUUUGUGCUCUUGCUUAUCUCAUAUGGUGUUAUCUUGCAUUCUCUGAAGAACCAUAGUCAGGAAGGGAGGCGGAAAGCUCUCUCCACUUGUGGCUCUCACAUCACUGUUGUUGUGUUGUUCUUUAUUCCCUGUAUUUUCAUGUAUGCAAGACCAGCUAGGACUUUCACCAUAGACAAAUCACUGAGUGUGUUUUACACAGUCAUAACUCCAAUGUUGAACCCAUUAGUUUACACUCUGAGAAACUCAGAGAUGACAAAUGCUAUGAAAAAACUCUGGAGAAAAAAGGUCAUAUCAGAUAUGUGA